AUGACGUCAGAAAAGACAAACAUCACUCAAAUUGAACAGUCCGCCCACAAAACACUUUACGACAAAGGGCUUGAAAUACGAUACGAGGUUGCCGGUCGCUCAUAUGUGGACUCCGCUUUGACCGGAGGUUCCUCCGAAUUCGCGCGGCCAAUGCAAGAGCUGGUGACUGAGGCCUGCUGGGGAUCGGUGUGGUCGAGGCCUGGUCUCGAAAGAAAGCAGCGGUCGUUGCUCAAUAUUGCCAUGUUAUGUGCCUUGAAUAGGGCGCCGGAACUCGCAGCACACGUUCGGGGGGCUCUUCGAAACGGAGCCAGCGAAGUCGAGAUCAGGGAAACACUACUUCAGGCUGCUAUCUACUCAGAUUCUGAAUCAGUCAGAGAGAAGGUUCGCAACUGGCAUCAGACUUAUGGCGAUGUUUUCUACACCAAGGUCGGGGCUACAGAUUACGUCUGGCUGUCAUCUCCCAAGGCUGUUAAGGACUUAAUGGACAAAAAGUCUGCGAUCUAUUCGUCACGGCCCCAUCUACCUUUAGCUCAAGAUGUGGCUAGCGGUGGAUCUCGCCAGCUUUUCAUGGCUUACGGUCAGGACUGGCGAAAUCUGCGGAAACACAGUCACAGUCUUCUCAAUCUGAAUGCCACAAAGAAAUACCAAUCGACACAAGAGCUGGAGUCAAGGAUACUACUACAGGACCUGCUCAAUCAGCCAGAUCAAUUCUACACCAUCAACCGGAGAUAUUCGACAUCCGUCAUAUUGCUUGCUACGUACGGCUAUCGCAUUCCUUCCUUUCAAGACCCUCUGAUAACUAAGAUCUUCACUGUUCUGGAACAUUUGUCAGUAAUGAUGGCGCCUGGAGCUUUUGCUGUUGAGGUUCUGCCGGCAUUGGCUAGACUUCCAGAACGCUUCUUUGGAAACUGGAGGACUUGGGGCAGAAAUGCGUUCGCACAUGACAGCAAAGUUUACCUGGAGCUCUGGCAAACUCUGAAACAAACUACAGACGAUGGAAGCGCGAGAGAUUGCUUCUGUAAGGACUUCUACCUCGGUGAUCCAAAGAAGAAUGGCAUAGACGACCUGUUGGCGGCCUACACAUGCGGUGGCCUAGUAGAGGCUGGGGCAGAAACAACAGCCACGACAAUCAACAAUUGGACUCUUGCAAUGAUACUCUUUCCCGACGUCAUGCGAAAAGGCCAAGAAGAACUGGAUCGCGUUGUUGGAUCUGGCCGGCUGCCGACUUGGGACGACGAAAAGAACCUUCCGUACAUUCGAGCAAUGAUCAAAGAGACGUUGCGAUGGCGGCCUGUCAAUAAGUUUGGAAUGUACCAUGCUUCUACCGAGGAUGACUGGUAUGAUGGCUUUUUUAUUCCAAAAGGGUCAACGGUAGUGUUGAAUUGGUGGGCUAUUCAACGGGACUCCAGUCGAUUUGAACAGCCAGACAUCUUUGAACCUGCGCGCUUUCUUGAGCACCCUCUCACAGCAGCCGAGUACAUGAAUGCGCCAGACCCUUAUGACAGAGAUCAUUUCUCAUACGGCGCAGGAAGGCAAGAAACCCAAAACUCAGUGGUAGUCUAA